AUGCCAGCACCAAUUGACCCCGAGAUCAAGGAUGUUGCUCCUCCCAAGAAAGAUAACCUACCAAUUCCAGAGCCCGCCAAGAAACGACUAACAGAGGCCGGAAUUGACUUGUCGGGCGCGUACCCUUACCGUCCUUCCCGUCCUCUCUAUCUCCAGGACGUCUAUAAGAUUCGAGAUCAACCUAGGGAUUACAUUGAUGCGGGCGCGCGAGCGGACAAGUCCAAGAAAAAUCUCCUCUCAGCGGCGACGAAGGUCACUGAUAUCACGUCCUACAUUGGUACCGAGAUUGAAGGCUUGCAGCUGAAAGACUUGACAGAUGUUCAGAGAGAUGAACUGGCCUUGCUUAUAGCCGAGCGCAGCGUAGUGUUCUUCCGGGAUCAGGAUUUGUCGCCGCAGGAUCAAAAGAAACUGGGAGAAUGGUUUGGAGAGGUUGAGAUUCACCCCCAAGUGCCCCAUGUUCCCGGAGUUCCAGGAGUCACUGUCCUCUGGCCAGAUCUCAUGGCUACGGAGCGGACGGCCAACUUUCGACAGCCAGGAGGAGCAUCAAGGUGGCACACUGACUUGGUUCACGAGCGACAGCCGGCAGGUAUCACGCACCUGCAUAAUGACACGGUGCCUGAUGUGGGUGGUGACACGCUGUGGGCCAGUGGUUACGCAGCGUAUGAGAAACUGUCACCCGAGUUCCGGAAGAUCAUUGAUGGCCGCUCCGCUGUCUACCAAUCAGCCCAUCAGUAUCUUGAUCGUGACCACCCUGAAUAUGGCCCCAAGCAUAUUGAGCGAGUACAUCCACUGGUCCGAGUUCAUCCGGCGACUGGUUGGAAGGCACUCUGGGUCAACCGCGCUAUGACGGACCGAAUCGUUGGACUUGACAAGGAAGAGAGUGAUGUAAUCCUAGGCUACUUGUUCGAUGUGUAUGAGAAGAAUGUGGACAUCCAGGUGCGCUGGAAAUGGACCCCUCGAUCCUCGGCACUCUGGGAUAACCGAAUCACGAUGCAUAACGCUAGUUGGGACUACGCUGGGAGACAGCCUCGCCAUGGAACUAGAGUGACCUCACUGGCUGAGCAGCCAUACUUUGACCCAAAGGCUCCUACACGACGAGAGGCGCUUGGGGUUUUAGGGAAGGAUGAAGAGGAGGAGCUUCAGGAAAUUUCCAAGCAGUAGCCUGUUUUACCAGUGAAGGUGGGGGAAUGCAGACAAAUUGAAUUGACGAGGAAUCUCCUGCUCAGAUGGAAUUUUGACAGUCAAAAUGAAUCAUGGACAUAAGUUGACCAGUCUCGGAGAAAAAUGAUGACAAUAUGUGACGUUAGUUGUUGAAAUAAGUGUCAAUAUUGGAGCAUAAAGCGGAUGAUAAGCGGUUUGAUUGCAUGUAUGCGUGUACAAUAUGCACCUGUCUGGCGGCUGACUGAGCCUAUUGGAGCAGCU